AGCACCGCGGACAGCCCUCCCUCGGUCGGCCCCGCAGCAGGCUCAGAGCGGUCAGCGUCCCCGGAAUAUGGCCACCGAGGUCCACAAUCUGCAGGAGCUCCGGCGGAGUGCCUCGCUGGCCACCAAGGUCUUUAUCCAGAGAGACUACAGUGAUGGGACCAUCUGUCAGUUCCAGACCAAAUUCCCCCCAGAGCUGGACAGCCGGAUUGAGCGGCAGCUCUUUGAGGAGACUGUGAAGACCCUCAACAGCUUCUACGCGGAGGCCGAGAAGAUUGGGGGCAGCUCCUACCUCGAGGGCUGCCUGGCCUGUGCCACGGCCUACUUCAUCUUCCUCUGCAUGGAGACCCACUACGAGAAGGUUCUCAAGAAGAUCUCCCGCUACAUCCAGGAGCAGAAUGAGAAGAUCUUUGCCCCUCGAGGCCUCCUGCUUACCGACCCAGUGGAGCGUGGGAUGAGGGUUAUCGAGAUCUCCAUCUACGAGGACCGGUGCAGCAGCGGCAGUUCCAGCAGCGGCAGCAGCAGCGGCAGUGGCAGCAGCAGCGGCGGCGGUGGCGGGGCGGGGGCCCGGUGACUGGCCGAGAGUCCCUGCAGGGAGGUGUACAGCCGGACUGAGGGCCUUGCAGACCUGCGGCGGCUGCGCUACCAGAGCACCCGCUUCUGAG